AUGGCGGAGCCCGCAGGAGCGACGCCUCUCCUCCCUGGCCUCCCGGAUGAGAUCUCCGUCUGGGAGAUCCUCCUCCGCCUGCCCCCCAAAUGCAUCCUGCGCUGCCGCGCCGUCUGCCCGGCGUGGCGCCGCGUCACCUCCGCCCGCGGCUUCCUCCUCGCCCACCACGCCCGCCAGCCCGUCCUUCCACUCCUCUACGGCUACAACUUCGUCGGCGACGACAUCGAGUCCCUCAGCAUCGUCCCUUUCGACCACCGGGCAGGGGUCGCCACCGCCGACCAGCUCCAUGCCAUCGCUCGCCUUGCACACGACUCCUCCCGUCUAGAUGCCUGCUUCAUUCUCGUGGCAUGCUGCGACGGCCUCCUCGUCCUCUCCGCCCACCACCCGCUCAAGUUCUUCAUCUGCAACCCGGCAACUCGGCAGUUUGCACCCCUCCCGCAGCUUGAUGGCUUCAUCCUCCUGGGGAUGUACCCUCACCCCCCUACUGGCGAGUACCGACUACUGCUAUACCUGCUCCCCACGGAUCUGGCACCGGAAGCUCAGGAUGGCUCCUACGUCUUCACAUUGGGCUCCGGCCAGCCGCCGAGGCACAUAGCGUGCCCUGAGGCCAAGGAACUGAGACACUCCCCCGAAUCUAUCCUGUUUCGUGGUUGUCUGCAUUGGUGCAUAGGAAAUCUGAUGAUGGCAUUUGACACCAUCGCUGAGUCAUUCCGGCAGGUGCGCUCUCCGGUUGGUCCUGGCUACUCUCACCUGAUUGAGAUGGGUAACAUGCUUGGCAUCUCCAGUCUUAGUGACACAGCAACAAGUGUUGAUAUCUGGGUUAUGCCGGACUAUGAAGGCGAGGUCUGGACCUUCAAAUACCGGGUUGAGCUGCCGGUCGCAGAGAUCAAGGAGCAAUUUGGAAAGUCUGUUGAUUAUUGGUAUGUGGUGGCCAUGCCUUGGGAUGAUGAUGUGCUCCUACUGGUCAAAUUUGAUGACUGUCUGCUUCAGGUUGACAUUCAUGGCAAAUUGUUUGCCAGUUUCCAUCGCAGAGGCCUUGGUCCUACAAAUCUUCGGAUCAAGCAAACUCUUGUUCAACAUGCCUUCUUUCCGACACUAGAGGGUUAUGUUGUGAACUCUUCGCGUUUCGUCUGAUAGAGUCGGUUGUGGUUCUGAACAACCCAACUGCAAUAUGUAUGCCUUGGGUCCACUAUGAGCUGAUUAGUUUCAUUUUGAUGUAUGCAAAACUAUGAUCAAGAAGUCAUGACCCUUUCAUUUCAUGGUUUCAUGAAGUUUGUACUUGUGUGAAUAUCCUUUUGGGCUGGAGUGGCUGU